GAGCGUUCACGGCCCAGUGGUCUGCCUCCUCACUCUACUGGAAGGCACUCUGUCUCCACCGCCGUCAACUGCCGGAUUGCCGCGGUGUGUUCAGGAGCAUCACUGUUAGAUAGUGUUAUAGAGGAAGGCAGAAACAGUCACCCCUUAUGUGGCGGAAGAUGAAGCCCUCGUGUACUAUGAUGGUGCUACUCCAGGUGUGGAUGUCGGUCUGCCUGUGUAAGCACACGGAAGAUCAAACUCCCGUGUACCAAAGUCACACAACCUUGUAUUACCGGAUUCUUCUGGGCCAACACUUCACUGUGUCCGGCGACCCCAGCGCCACCUACUACAACAUCAAGUGGUUCAGGUGUGCCGUGAUCUGUAACUUCAACCAGUGUCACGCGUGGGCAUUGGACACCGCUCAAGACAUCUGUCACGUCUACCAAAACAUUGACCCUCAGGACACUCUUUCACCCGCUCCGGCCUCAGUACAAACUUUCUGCUCCCUGCCCGAGCAUGAAUGUUUCCCUCUUGGUAAUUCUUCGAGUUCAGUUGGUAAUUCUUCGAGUUCAUCCGGGAGUUCUUCUAGUUCAUCCGGGAGUUCUUCGAGUUUAAUCAGAGAACACGACGAGCCUAUCCCGCUUAUCGAAUAAAAACAUGAGACCAAUGGCUAAAUAAAAACAUAAAAUAUAUAGCCAUGGCAUAACCAGUCCUGAAAUGCUGGCUGGUUUUUCUUGCUCUAUAACUGUUAACCAGACAUAAAUGGUAAGGUAAUAGCUCACAUUUACUUCAUUACAUUUUCUUUAUUAUAUUCACACAUAUUUAAAGACUAUCAAUACGUAAAGCAGAAGCUUCAGUAAAAACAAAACAAACCGAGCUCUUAGUUUACAGGCGUUUAUUGUAAGGCGAUUUAGAUGCACGGAAUAGUUAACGAGGUAGCUAGUAACUACUCAAGAGAGUGAUCCACUCCCAAUAGACUUAGUUAUGUCACGUUCCGCCAGUCUAAUUUUAUUUUUCCUUUUAUUGAGUAGAAAUUCAUAAAGUACAGUUUAUGCAUAAAUACAUAAACACUUAUGGAGGAUAAUACAAGGAAUAUUAGUAAUACUUAUUUCUAUAUAUGGCUCUUGUGACUAAAUUCAAAA